AUCUAUUUCUUCAGCUCUCAAUUCUACUACUACUAAAAGUAUACUCAAAGUGAGCUGAUUUUAAUGGAUAAUUUUAAUAACUUGAGCCAAUUCUCGGACCCUUAUCCAUUGGUGUGGAACAGUGAUAGUACUACUCUGGAGUGUUACAAGGCUGAGAGCUCUUCUAUGUCAGCUGAUUCUGGAUUGAGCCGAGCUUCGAAUUCGGACGAGGAAGUGAUUUUGGCGGCGAGCCGGCCGAAGAAGAGGGCGGGGAGGAGGGUGUUCAAGGAGACCAGGCACCCGGUGUACCGCGGGGUGCGGCGGAGAAACAACAACAAGUGGGUUUGCGAGCUCCGAGAGCCGAACAAGAAGACGAGGAUAUGGCUCGGGACGUACCCGACGGCGGAGAUGGCGGCGCGUGCGCACGACGUGGCGGCCCUGGCCUUCCGGGGGCGGUCGGCCUGCCUCAAUUUCGCGGACUCGACAUGGCGGCUCCCGGCGCCUGCCUCGAGCGAUGCUAAUGAUAUCUGCGCGGCCGCAGCGGAGGCUGCGAAGGCAUUCCGGCCUCGGGAAUACGGCGGCGUUUUGGGGAGUAGUGAAGGGAUGGUGGUGGAGAAGGAGGAGGAGAAGGGUGUGGAGGAGGAGCAGAGAGUGUUUUAUUUGGAUGAAGAGGAAGUGUUUUGCAUGCCAAGUUUUUUUGCUGACCUGGCAGAAGGCCUACUUCUCCCUCCACCACCAAGUUAUAUGAGCUCGGAUGAUGUGGCGAUUGAUGCUGACGUGUCUCUGUGGAGUUAUUCUAUAUGAUGGAUGAUCAUGUACCUGUAGAUAUAGCGUGCGUGACGUUUCAAUUAAAAAGUUACAUGUAUGUUUUUUCUCUAAUCCAAAAUGGAUUAUAUUUGACUUUUGAAGAGAAAAAAAAAGGAUUAGAUUUGAAAUUGUAGGCGUGACAAAGAAAUAUGUUCUUUUUUGAUGUGUUGUGUUGACGGUGUUUUCCGACAACUCGUAGUUAUCUCUCCUAAAAACACCCGCGGUUCAAUCAGAGACAGAAAACUGAAAAAUAAUGUAAGGGGACAACAAUUUUAUAGUGGUU